AUGUCUAAACAUCGUAAAACUACUCUACUAAGAGGAUUCCAUUUUAUUGUACGAGAAGAAACAACACCUUCAACGGAUGAUGAUUCUUUGUCAAAAACUUCAUUAAAUUCGAACAUUGUAUUUCUUGAUCAAUUACUUGAUAAUAAACAAACAGUUGACUAUCUAACAAAUGAAAACACAUUUCUAUCCAAUGAAAUCAACGGGUACAAAUUAUGGACAAUGGAAUGGUUACAAAAACAUUUAGAUAUUUUAACGGAAUUUGGACAAAUUCUUAUGAAACAAAGUAAAAAUGCUUCCGUACAUAUUAAUAUUGAAGAUAUUCUACCGAUAACACGUUUAUGGCAUAGUGAUUUACAAACAGGUUUACCGCCAAACAAUCUCAACCUUACUGAUAAUGAUGAUGAUAUUAAUUCAAAUCAAAAAAUCUAUUUCUAUUGGGAUAUGUAUGCGGUUUUACGUAAACCUAGUCAAUAUCAAAUUAGACCGUAUUUAUUGAAUGAUAAUAAUUCAGUUGUCAAUAAUAAUAUACCAAGUUAUUAUUAUCUUACUAUUCCACCGAUCAAUUCUGAGAAAAUCGACACAACAUUUGAAUCAGCUCAAAAAAAACAAGAUAUCAAUGAUCCAUGUGAAUUAUUUCGAACUUCUGACAAUGUUACAUUGAAAAAUCAACCUGAUCGAUGGAAUUUUAUUUCUCCUGAGAAAAUUUGUCAAUUAUUCUUUUCAAUUUUAUUACCGGAAUGUUUAAAUGGAGCAAUGGUUGGUGAUCAAGGACAAAAUAGUUUGAAAAUAAUAAGCUGGAAAUGUUUACUUGGUGAAGAUAUCAAUAAAGCAAUUGGGAUAGGUUAUUUUCCUAUUGAAGUUGUAUUUGAUUUAAGUAGUUUAGACGUGAAUUCAGUAUAUUAUUCACCGAAAUUAUGGAAAACUCAACAAACUUCACCUGCUCAUCCAUUAACACGUAGAGUACAAUGGAAUAAAAAUAACACCAACCAAUUAUCAACAUCAAAUUUAAUAAUGGAUAAUAAAUCAGAAAAAACUCAACAUUCAUCCAAUAUCAUCAUGACAAAUCUAUUAAUAAUGCGUAUAAAUUUUCAUCCAGUCUAUUCAUUAAAUGAUUUAAUGAAUGAAAGUACCUUAUUGUCUAAAUCGCAAUCAUCAUUGACAAACAAUCAAUAUACAUCAGUAUAUUGGAAACAUAAUUUUCUAAAAAUCAUUCACCGUUUACAAUUAACUGAAACUACCAUUGAUUCUAAUCUACCUUUAUGGCAGAUAUGUAGUUGUCUGUCAGAAGAUUAUAUUUUACGAAGAAUUGAUCAAGCUGAUCAUGGUUUACAUCGUAAAGCUAUUAGAAUUUUAUUAAGUCUUUGUACAAUAACUGAUCAAUUACAGAAUACAGAAUUAUUGAAAUUAUUUACAGUAAGAAAUAUGAUUCAUCUAUGUUUACAUGUAUUGUUUGAACAAUCUAAUCAGACUGUUAAACAACACUAUGAAAAUUUAAUGAAAAUUGAACAAAAACAAAUUGUUAGUUGGCAAAAAACAAAUUUAUCUUGUUUAAUUUAUCAAUUAUUAAAGAAAAUGAUCAAUGUAUUAAAUGACAAACAAUUAGCUUCUUUUACUAGUCCAGAAAGUGAUCUAUUGAAUAUUGAAAAGCAUGGCUUAACAAAACAAAGUAUCAGUCGAUCACGUGCUAUUUUGAAUUCAUGGCUUCAUAGUCCAUUAGAAUUGAAAAAAGUUAUUAUGAAUCAAACAGAAGUUUUAUUGAAAUAUAUUAAUAAAUUUAAAAAGAAAUAUGAAUGCGGAUAA